CUUCCACCUGUCAUCCUUCAUUAAGUCAGCUGGCUGCUAAGACACUCUGACAGGACACCAUCACGAUGCCACCCAAGAAAGUGCAAAUUCAAGUGGAGGAAAAAGAAGAUGACACAGAAGAAAGUUCAAGUGAAGAGGAAGAGGAGGAGGAAGAUAAACUACCUCGAAGGGAGAGCUUGAGACCGAAGAGGAAACGGACCAGAGAUGUUAUCAAUGAGGAUGACCCGGAACCUGAACCAGAGGAUGAAGAAACAAGGAAGGCCAGAGAGAAAGAGCGAAGGAGGAGGCUGAAAAGAGGAGCGGAAGAAGAAGAAGAAAUUAAUGAAGAGGAAUUGGAAAGACUGAAGGCAGAGUUAGAUGAGAAAAAACAAAUGAUUGCUACUGUCAAAUGCAAGCCUUGGAAAAUGGAGAAGAAAAUUGAAGUUCUCAAAGAAGCAAAAAAAUUUGUGAGUGAAAAUGAAGGAGCCCUUGGGAAAGGGAAAGGAAAGCGGUGGUUUGCAUUUAAGAUGAUGAUGGCCAAGAAAUGGGCAAAAUUUCUUCGUGAUUUUGAAAACUUCAAAGCCGCCUGCAUCCCAUGGGAAAAUAAAAUCAAGGCAAUUGAAAGUCAGUUUGGCUCCUCUGUGGCCUCAUACUUCCUCUUCUUGAGAUGGAUGUAUGGAGUAAACAUGGUUCUCUUCAUCCUGACAUUCAGCCUCAUCAUGUUGCCAGAGUACCUCUGGGGUUUGCCAUAUGGCAGUUUACCUAGGAAAACAGUUCCCAGAGCUGAAGAGGCAUCUGCGGCAAACUUUGGUGUGUUGUACGACUUCAAUGGCUUGGCGCAAUAUUCCGUCCUCUUUUAUGGCUAUUAUGACAAUAAACGAACAAUUGGAUGGAUGAAUUUCAGGCUGCCGCUCUCCUAUUUUCUGGUGGGGCUCAUGUGCAUCGGAUACAGCUUUCUGGUUGUCCUUAAAGCGAUGACCAAAAAUAUUGGGGAUGAUGGGGGUGGUGAUGACAAUACAUUCAACUUCAGCUGGAAGGUAUUCACAAGCUGGGACUACCUGAUUGGCAAUCCGGAAACAGCAGACAACAAAUUCAAUUCUAUCACCAUGAACUUUAAGGAAGCAAUCAUAGAGGAAAGAGCAGCCCAAGUAGAAGAAAACGUCCACUUGAUCCGAUUCCUGAGGUUUCUUGCUAACUUCUUCGUGUUUCUAACACUUGGAGGAAGUGGAUACCUCAUCUUCUGGGCUGUGAAGCGAUCCCAGGAAUUUGCACAGCAAGAUCCUGACACCCUUGGGUGGUGGGAAAAGAAUGAAAUGAACAUGGUCAUGUCCCUCCUGGGGAUGUUCUGUCCAACACUGUUUGACUUAUUUGCUGAAUUGGAAGACUACCAUCCCCUCAUUGCUCUGAAAUGGCUACUGGGACGCAUUUUUGCUCUACUUUUAGGCAACUUGUAUGUAUUUAUUCUUGCCUUGAUGGAUGAGAUUAACAACAAGAUUGAAGAGGAGAAGCUGGUGAAGGCCAAUAUUACCCUCUGGGAAGCCAACAUGAUCAAGGCCUACAAUGCAUCACUCACGGGAAAUAGCACUGGGCCACCUUUUUUUGUGCACCCUGCAGAUGUACCUCGAGGACCCUGCUGGGAAACAAUGGUGGGGCAGGAAUUUGUGCGGCUGACCGUUUCUGAUGUUCUGACCACUUAUGUCACAAUCCUCAUUGGAGACUUUCUCCGGGCAUGUUUUGUGAGGUUUUGCAAUUAUUGCUGGUGCUGGGAUUUGGAAUAUGGAUAUCCCUCAUACACUGAAUUUGAUAUCAGCGGCAAUGUCCUCGCUCUGAUCUUCAACCAAGGCAUGAUCUGGAUGGGCUCCUUCUUCGCCCCCAGCCUCCCAGGAAUCAAUAUCCUUCGACUCCACACCUCCAUGUACUUCCAGUGCUGGGCCGUGAUGUGUUGCAACGUUCCUGAGGCCAGGGUCUUCAAAGCUUCCAGAUCGAAUAACUUCUACCUGGGCAUGCUUCUGCUCAUCCUGUUCUUGUCCACCAUGCCCGUCCUGUACAUGAUUGUAUCGCUCCCGCCAUCUUUUGAUUGUGGCCCCUUCAGUGGUAAAAAUAGGAUGUUCGAAGUCAUUGGAGAAACGCUGGAGCAUGAUUUCCCAAGCUGGAUGGCAAAGAUCUUGAGACAGCUUUCUAACCCUGGACUGGUCAUCGCUAUCAUUUUGAUUAUGGUCUUGACCAUUUAUUAUCUCAAUGCUACUGCAAAGGGCCAGAAGGCAGCAAAUCUGGAUCUAAAAAAGAAGAUGAAACAGCAAGCUUUGGAGAACAAAAUACGCAACAAGAAAAUGGCGGCUGCCCGAGCAGCUGCGACUGCUGGUGGCCAGUGACUUUCAUAGACAUGCUGGGACCCAGAAGUACUCCUCACCUUGCUGCUUAAAAGCAAUGACUCACGUAAAGGGCAAGAACACAAGCAUUGUGAAGUUGCUGUUCCCCUGUUCUAACCCUCAUGGAUUGUCAAGGUCAUGCUGGCCAAUCAAGGCAUUGUCAGUCCUAGUUCAGCUGGGAGGAUCUCCAUUUUGUUCCAAAUGAAGGGAUUUGCUCCUGCACCGCCACUUUCUCCCCUGACUCAUCUCCCUGGGGUCUCUUCUAGUAAACUGAGUUUAAGAGUGGAUUUGAUUCAGCAAUACAGGUUACUGGUUUACCUUUUGGGUUAAUUAAAAAUACUUUGCUCAUAUGGACUUCUGUUUUGUACACUCCUGCCUUAGUUUUCUUUGCCUUGGAUCAGAGAUAUUUCACCA